AUUUUAUAUUCUUUAAAUAAUGUAAUAUAAUAUUAUACAUUAUUUUUUUAGAAUUGAGAAAUACAUAUAAUAUCUUAUCCGCGCGUAGCGCGGUUAAAAAAUCUAGUAUGAAUUAAUUAUAUUUUGUUAUGUUGCAGUUAGUGAUUUGAAGAGAAGCAAAGACGUCAUCUAUAUUAAUUUGAUGUCCCAUUAAUAAAGUCAGUGGUUAAGACAUGUUAUAAGAAUUGUGUAUUGUAUUGUUCUUCUAAUAACUGAAGGUUUAGUUUGGGAUAUGAUAUCGGUUUAUUUUAUUAGGCAAUGUUGAUUUAGUUAAGACCGGUUGUAUUAUUUAAGUAGUGAUAAUAUUGUAAUAAAAAUGUAAAGGUCCAAAAUUUAAGCAGCGUAGUAACAACUUUUAAAAGGUCUAAAAUUUAAACAACUUUUUUCAACAUUAGAAAAAAUUAGGACAUUAAAUUAAUAGCUUAGAUUCCAACAUAGGCCUGAACUUUAUACGAGGCCCAAACUUUGUAGGCGCAUCAUUCUGGAUAAUGCCAACGUUGAACUUGUAUAAGCUGAUAAUGUUGAGAAAGUUUUUUUUUUUUUUUUUGGUAAUCUAAUGUUGAGAAAGUUACUCGAAUGUUAUUUUUUUUUUUGAAACACACUCGAAUGUUAAACUUAUAUAAUUAUAAGCUGAUAAUAGUGAGACCUCUUCUGUUGUAGCUAGUAAUAUAAGAAGCAAGCAAGCUCCAUCACAAUUGAGAAAUAUAAUUAUCCAAUGAUAAGGCCUAAUUUUGAGUGGAGAUUCUUGGUGAAUUAAUUCUCCACAUGAGAGUCUUGUAUUUGAGUACAACAAAGAAACCAUUAAAUAUAUAUAUAUAUAUAUAUAUAUAUAUAUAUAUAUAUAUAUAUAUAUAUAUAUAUAAACUAUUAGAUAUUGUAAAGUAUAAUAGAAUAUGAUAAAUUAUUGUGUUGUGUCUUGAUAACCUACAAGAGAGAAGUAUGUAUACACAAGACGUAGACCUAUUUCAACUACUAAUAGAACUUAUCCAAAUCUUAUGAUAUAUAUCUAAAUUAUCUAAUUCUUAUCACAAUAAGAUUUAUAUAAUAUUUUUCCGUUUGGGUUUCAUAUAUUUCAUAGGUCCAUAACAGUUGGUUCGCAAGAUACACAUCUUGCUCUCUAAUAUAUCUCUAAUACUCCCUGCAUGAUAAACAUGGGAAUGCAACACACAAAUCUGCAAUUAUAAAGUAGACCAUGUAUGUCGUGGAUACUAUGUCGAAGAUAUAAAUCAGUAGGUUCUCCCUAAAAACUUCGACUUAAACAAGGUGGGAUGAAUACUUCAGCUAUUCUUCGGUCUUCACAAUGGGUAUAAUGGGCGCAACUGCAGCUCCAAAAAAUAAUCUUCAAGAUCCAUAACUCAAUCUAAACAGCUUAACCUAAAAACUUAGUGUUCCAGUAAAAUUUCCCCGUAAUGGUUAAAUUAUAACCACAAUAUUACAAACUAUCGAAUAACAAAACAUCUUAAGAAAUUCUAAACUAUAGAAAAUCUUUGAUAAAUGAUAACCCAUGUGAAACCCACUACCCUUAAACACCAUUAAAUCUCUCGUCAUUCCUGCACUCAUCACAACCAAACUAUAAUUCAUAUAUUAAACAAAACCUAUGAAAGCUAUUAAGCAAACACCCACUAAAACUAAACUAUAAACUAGGAAUAAAAACUAAAAUCCAUAACUUUAAACUAAAAACACAUGACACGUUGGUUGCAUGAUCACACAUCAUCAUCCUCAAGACACAACCAUAACCACGCUUUUAUGAAACGUGAUAUAGUAACGUGACUUCGAACUACCUGAUCUUCUGGAUCGUCAGCGUCACCACUUUCUUUGCCAUGUCAACACCACCGAUGAUUAGUAUCUUUCAAGCUUAAAAUCAAGAACUUAUAAACAUUAACUGCAGGUCUUAGAUAAGUAUAGUGUGAAGUUGUGUUAAGCGUUUUAAUUGAUUUCAUCUAAUUUAUAUUGUUUAUUUUAUUUAGUGGAUUCGACCGUACGUUCUAAUGAAAAAAUAGCAUUUUUCAAAAUUGACUUGAAAAUUCAUCACUUAAAUUUAGCCAUGUCUUGUUCUUUAUCUUUCACUUCUAUGACGUCUUUUUUACCAAAGGCUUUCAGUUUAGCCUUGUCGUGUCCUUUAUCUUUCACUUAUAUUAUUUAUAAGGUUAUAAUUACUUUUUGUUUCUAGAUUUAUAUGCUAACAAAUAGCUAAGAACUAGAAAAAGAUCAAUCAAUUAGCAUUAGAAAAUUAUUGUCUGUGUGACACUCUUUUGUUUCCUUGCUUUCUUUGAAAAAUCUGUUUUUUUCUAAUCCAAAUUGGUUAACGGUGUUUUUGGAAUCUCACGUUUUCUGAAAUGUGAAAUAUAGGUUUUUUUGUAGAAAAUGUGUGAAAUACAGGUUUUGAAGUAGAUAAAUAUUUUUAUUCUUGAAAAAUCGAUAAAUAUUUUCUUAUGGCCAGGUUAUGUUGUUUUUCAAACAAAUUGUUUCUGAGGGUAUUUUCUAGCAAAACGUUAUGAAGAAAGUAGUUAAUUAACGACAGAAAAAUCCUCGAGUAUGGCCUUUUAUUAUGUCAAAAUCUGAAAUAAUUUUAAUUUAUUUAUUUUUCUAUUUUGAAACUAAGGUGUCUUCAUUGAUUAACAAUGGCCGUGAUCUUUUACGGAUCAUUCGAAAUUAUUUAACAAAGCAACCUGCUGCCAAUAAUUAUGUUAAUAACUAUAUAUUUAUGCAUAAAUAUCUGAGCAGAGACUUUUAGCAACUGCGAAAACGAAAUAAGCGACGGCCAUCGUGUGAUUGAUGAAUAGAUGACUGUAUAAAUAAAACAAAAUAAUCUACUAAAUCAUAAUAACGGGGAUGAGGUUCACAUGGAAUACAACAAAUAAUGAGAUUAGUUUAAUGAUCAAACGCUGUCUUCUUCAACAGAUACUCAACCAUUUCCUCUACAAAUAGGGCUAAAGAGGUCACAGGGGAACUCACUCCUCUCAAACCCCUAUUUUCUCAAGAUAAGCAUUAAUUAUCAGAGGUAGAAAGAAUGGCUGAGGCGGCACCAACUGAGGCGUCUAGUUUGGUCGGAAAGCUUGAGACAGAAGUGGAGAUCAAAGCUUCGGCUGGAAAGUUCCAUCACAUGUUUGCAGGCAGACCACAUCAUGUCUCCAAAGCAUCUCCAGGUAACAUUCAAGGUUGUGACCUGCAUGAAGGGGACUGGGGAAAAGUCGGCUCUAUCGUCUACUGGAACUACGUUCAUGACGGGGAGGCCAAGGUGGCAAAGGAGAGGAUCGAGGCAGUGGAGCCGGAGAAGAACUUGAUCACGUUCAGGGUUAUAGAAGGUGAUCUGAUGAAAGAGUACAAAAGCUUCUUGCUCACGAUCCAGGUGACCCCUAAGCAUGGAGGGCCGGGGAGUAUUGUGCACUGGCACCUUGAGUACGAGAAGAUUAGCGAGGAGGUUGCUCAUCCCGAGACUCUCCUCCAGUUCUGUGUUGAAGUCUCCAAAGAGAUCGACGAACAUCUCUUGUCUGAGGAAUAGAGGAGAGUACCCCUCGUGUAAAAAUCCUAUCAGUACUUGUAUGUGCGGUUGAGCAUUUCGAUUUCAGUCUUUAAAAAUUUAAUAAUUAAAAAAGUGUUUAAUAAUUAAUGAUAUAAAUAAAUAAAUACAUAUAUAUAUAUAUAUAUAUAUAUGAUGAAUUCUGCUAUUUACUAUGUGUAAGUGUUUCAUGUUUGUCUUUAGUGAAGCUAUAAAUCAUGUGAUAUAUGUUUGGAUCAAUAAGCCUCGUUUUCUGCUUUCAUAGUUUUAUAUAUUCAUUUUUAUCCGGGCAUUUUCAACCUAUUAUUAUUUUCAUCUCUAUAAUAGUAUUUAAAGAUGAAAUUUUUCCAAUCUUUUUCUUCUAUAAUAGAAAUCUUUUUUUCUUUUGGAAAUUAAUAUUUUUUAAAAAUAUAUUGGAGUAUUACUAUUUUAGAAAAAUAUAUUAUCUCUAUUAUAGAAUUUCUGUAUUUUAAAUGUGAAAAUAGCAAAAUACAUUGAAAAUGAUCUCAAUAACGCGUAAAUAAAUAUAGGUUGACAUUACGAUACUAACACACACAAAUUAAUCAAGCGAGCAUCCGAAGACAAUGAUAAACGUACAAGAAAGUAUCAAUA